AUGACCGACAUUACCAACGCAAAGCCUGAAGACCCCACCACCACCACCACCGACGCUGCUGCGGCGCCUGAGGAAGAAAAGUCAGUCGACGCUCCUCCUGCCGAAGGACCCAAGCCAGAUACAGAAAAAGAAGUUGCUGCUGCUGCUGAUGACGAUGAGGAGGAAGAAGCGGACGUCCACUUUGAGCCCGUCGUACAUCUUACCGAAAAAGUCGAAAUCAAGACGAAUGAGGAACUGGAAGAACAGACAUUUAAGAUGCGUGCGAAGCUCUUUAAAUUCGACCGUAGUUCCCGGGAAUGGAAAGAGCGUGGGACCGGUGAUGUCAGACUUCUUAAGCACAAGGAAAACCAGAAGACCCGCCUGGUUAUGCGGAGAGAUAAGACGCUGAAGGUUUGCGCGAAUCAUUACAUUGUUCCCGAUAUGAAGCUGGCUCCCAAUGUCGGUAGCGACCGAAGUUGGGUAUGGAAUGCCGCUGCAGAUGUCAGCGAAGGCGAACCUGAAGCACAAACUCUGGCCAUCCGCUUUGCGAAUAGUGAAAAUGCGAACCUCUUUAAAGAAGCCUUCGAGAAAGCCCAACAGGAGAACGAGAAGCUUUUUGCCGCUGGCGCUAGCGAGUAA